AUGUCAAUAGAGCUCGAUAAACAUGAUAAACGAAUUAUUCUGAAUGUUGGCGGAUUUAGGUAUGAAACACUUUGUUCAACAUUGAGAGCCUACCCGCAAACGUUGUUAGGUACUAUGUUUCAUGAAAGGAAUAAUGCACUCCUUCAUCCUACCAACGGAAAUGAAUACUUCUUUGACCGAAAUGGGCGAGCAUUCCAUUAUAUCUUGGAAUAUUAUCGUACAGGCGAAAUCGUCUGGCCAAAUGAUGAACCAACACAAUUAUGUGCUUGCACUCAAGUGACAAAGAAAGAACUAUUUAAAGAAUUGGACUAUUUUCAAAUUCCUUUGUCUGUAGUACUUGUUCCAAACAACCUUGAUGAUAAUAAAAUAUUGGCCAUGAAGUUGGAUGAUUUUGUGGAAGCGUUGAGUCAAGCAAUAAUCAUCACCAGACAAAAUUUUCAAUCAGUGCUCAAUUUGUCAUUUUUUAAUAUAAGGUCAUCCAGUUUGAGAAUUUAUGGAAUAAGUUCUUAUGAUUAUAACCGUUAUGAGCAAAAGAUUUGCCUUGACACAUCGGUCGAUAAAUUGUUACGGCCUUAUCUAUUUGUUGGUUAUAAUAUUAUGGAUUUAUUUAGAAGGCAAAUAGAGAACCAUAUUAAAAAUCGUAUGAGUUCAAUAAAGUGGCAUGCAGAAAUAACGUGGGUGGGAUGUUGGCUAAAAAUUACCAAGGAUUUCAAUGUGACGGAAAUUCUUAGAUAUUCCAACAUCGGAAAAUAG